UCGCACAGUCCUCUUUCAAGUGAAUUGGCAAGCUCACGUAUUUGCCGCCCAUUUGAAUAAGAGAAUGCCAACCCCAGACGAAGUGAUGGGGCAACUGAAGGCUUCGAUGCCGCCGGAAGAGUUUAUCGCCCUCUUGAGCCGAAUGGGUAUCACGCCGCCGCAGCUGCCGCAGCCCACGAUGUCCGAGGUGAUCACGCGCUUGCAUGGGCACCCGUUUGUCGAGCAGCAAUUCCCCAAGAGGCGGGAGUCAUUCCAACCCCGACUCAGCGCGAUCUACGAGCUGCUGAAGGCCGUUGCAUUCUCGUUCGAUGAGAAACAGAGGUCUGGUGAUCGUCGUAACCGCUUUCCCCUGCUGCAACUCACUACCAUCAGUGGGAUGGGUAAGUCUUCGUUCGGGUUUCACGCGCUCGACGAAAUGCAGAGAAUUCUCAAAAACGUCACUACAUGGGCCGAGGUGGGCCUUCCCAACCUUCUCGUCCAACCGCAAGAACUGCUCAAUCUGCUGAAGAACACCCACUACAUAUUCAUCGACUUCAACGGUCUGGGCGACAACGUGGAGGUCGAGGAGACCAGCAAGCACAGGCGGGGUCGAAUUCUAGCCGUUCGCUUGGCUGCACGCGGUCUGCUCAACACAACCACGAAGGGCGCUCGCGAAAACAGUACCUUCUGCGACACUGAGGGGGUGUGGAAUACCAGACAGGUCCUCGACGAGAUCUUUGUCCGCCACCGGCACAACCGCCAGAUUGCCGCCGACCAGAUUGCGCUACUCUUCGUUCACGUCGACGAGUUCCAGCUCGCCAUAGAGCGGCUCGCGGUCAAGGUUGAGUUUAUCGAGGCCGUCGACAUCCUCAAGGUGCAGCUGGAAGACAUCCUCCAGUACAACCUGCGUCAGACGCGUAACUUGGUCGUCCUUCUGACGACGGGAACCUCUCACGCUGGUAUCACGCUGCACUCAACGCAGCACAAGGUUUGCUCGCUUCCUCUCCAGCCGCUCGACCUCAAUUUGGCGCAGCACCUGUUUGGCUCGCACCACCACUCGAUCCACCAAAGCUGGCUAACACAUGAUGGUGCCAAGCGGCUGCUGGGCGACAUGGGUGGCGUUCCAGUGCUGAUCCAGUCGCUUGCGGACGCGGCCGCCACGAUCUCCUUUGAAAACCCAGCUGCACCACAUAGUGCCUUGCGCGUCUUGGAUGACAUCUUCCGACGCUACAAGCCCAGAGAGCGCGCUGGCAGUCUCGGCGAGGAUGGGCUACUCGAGCUCGUUCAACUCUCGCUUUCAUGUGUGCCCGUCUCUGCGGACACCCCCAUCGGGCCCGUGACCGUGCACGACCUUACGAUGGAAGGAGUGCUUGCCACAACGCCUGUGGAUGAGGGCCCCGACAUGUACAUUCACAUGCCGCUCCCACUUCUCGACCAAUGUCUGAGUCAUUGCGAAGCAGGCUGGACGCAGUUUGUCCGGCGACUGGUUGAGUUUCCGAUGCGCACUGGCGGCGAUGGCUUUGCAUGCGAAGCAGCGGUGGCACUGUCGCUUGCGAGUCGCAUGGCUGCACUUCAACGGAAAGGAGGCACGCUUCGCCUCGGCAUGCUGCUCGGUCUCGAGCUCCACACAGUGCUCGACGGCGCCGCGGGCGAGGCCGCUGCCGACUUUCUCAGGUACGAGAUUCAGCUGCAGGUAGACGGGUACGAAGUCAUGACGGAGACGAGGCAAUUCAUGUCGAUGGACGCAGUUCAUACCCCGCAGCUGGAUGUACAUGCCUACAAAGAGCUGGCUCUUGACCGUCCGUUGGUGUCUUUCAGUCUGAAAAACCUGCCGGCGGUUGUCUUGUUAUCGGCUCCCGCAACGCCGCACGUCGAUCUGCGGUUUGCCGUCCGCAUUCCAAAGAGCAAACCGAUGAAAGUUUUUUUGCAGAUCCAAGACCACGUCGUCUUCUCUGACAGUGCACACGGCGAAGAACCCGAUCACACGCGCAAAGGCCAACCGCGAGUGGUCCCGCGAGGUGUGCAAGAGUGA